GCUGCCGCCGCCCGCCGUUCCGCUCCCGAUUCCUGCUUCGCUUUCCACCUUCUUGCUUCGUCUCCCUCGUCUCCUGCUCGUGCUCUGCUCCUGUUUCUGCCCAUGGGCGCUUCAUCGCCCCAUCGCUGCAUGUGAUUGCGCAUCCUAGGUCCGACGCCAUCAUUAUCCCGCCUCGUCACCCACGUUCCAACCGUUGCCUGCAGUACCACAACGGCAACCCAGCCGAAGUGCCCCGCGACGACCCUCCACCGCAACACCACCGCCGCCGCCAGUACCACCUCCUCUUCGUCAACAUGGCCGCCGCCUCCACGCAGAACAGUGUCAGCAGCUCGGCUCCCGCCAUCACCCCCGAGGAGCGAUCCCGCCUACAGCAGAGUUUUGCUUCGUUGCCAUUCACUUCCCACCCCUCUCAGUGGGACUCGCUCUACCGCCAGGCCUUCACGCCCUGGGACCGCGCCGGUCCCUCUCUUGCCUUGGCCGACCUCCUCGCCCAGCGCACUGACCUCGUGCCGCCCGCACAAGAACGUGAUGCUCGUGGAAACCUCAUUCAGGGCGUUCCCCGACGCACCGCACUCGUCCCUGGCUGCGGCCGUGGGCACGAUGUGCUUCUCUUGAGCUCCUUCGGCUAUGACGUCUGGGGUCUCGACUACAGCCCCGAUGCCGUGCGCAUGGCCGAGGAGAACAGGAAAGAUGCCGAGAGCAAGGGGCUGUACAAACCCGUCGAGCAAGACCUGGAAAAGGGCGACGUGAAGUGGUUGGCUGGCGACUUUUUUGAUGGGAGCUGGUCCAAGGGCAUCGGCACAGACGGCUCGGGCACUUUCGAUCUCAUUUACGAUUACACUUUCCUAUGUGCCCUGCCCCCCGAAGCCCGCCCUCGCUGGGCCAAGCGCAUGGCCGACCUUGUUCAUCCAAAGGGGCGUCUCGUCUGCCUCGAGUUUCCGACGGGGAAGCCUCUGUCCGAGCCCGGCCCGCCUUGGGGUCUCAACCCCGAGGUGUACGAGGCUCUCCUGUCAGCUCCCGGCGAGGAAGUUUCGUACAACACCGACGGGACCGUCGUCCACAAGCCCAGCUCCAAGCCUUGCCAGGGUGAACUGCAUCGGCUCAGCAUUAUCAAGCCUUCACGGACACAUCCAGCCGGGACAUCUGAGGAUGGCUCGGUCUUGGACUUCAUCUCCGUGUGGACGCGGUGAUGUCGGCGACAUGCCCGUGGGGCGUCGUCAAAACUCCAGAGAAUGAGGAGGCAGAGGCUGUGAUAGAAUGAUGCCCAAUGCGCCAAAAAAGUUUGUGAAUUAAAGUCACGAUGGCCGCCUGCUCUCUCCAUGUAUAUACAUGGCGCUUCCUCAAGCCCAGCAUCGUCGUUAUGCAGUAGUUGACAUGUGUUGAUUUCUGUCGCCGAUCGGGGGAAAGAUUGGGGUGGUUGCGUCAAGUAUCGGCUGGCCGUGAAGGUGUUGUCUUCCUGCGCAGCGAGUUGUAGUGCUCACCCAGACCAUAGCCGUGGCGGUAAUAGGCCAGCCAUAACGUCUUCCCCG